CCUUGCUCAUCCAACGCAGAAACACACAAACAAAACCUCUUUUCUCAAUAUGGAGUUUCGCUCUCAAAGAUCUGGUCACCAGGUCAAGGAAGAGAAGAGAACUGAAUCAAGUCAUGGAGAUGAAGAACAUCCUCGUGAACAUGAGAUUGUUAUGCAGGCUACUCCCGAAAGAUCCACCGUCGAGACUGGGCCAAAUGGUUCUUGCAUAUCCAAAAAGGAAGAGGUUGAUGAACUUGAAAAUGCGAAAGCCGAAAUGGGUGAAGUGAUAGAAGAAAAUCAAAGAUUAAAGAUGCGUUUGAACAGAAUACUAAAUGAUUACCGAACACUGGAAAUGCAAUUCCACAGUAUAGUUGAAGAAGAGAGAAAAGAUUGUUCUGAGAAACAGAAGAAUGAUGAAGCGAUGGAGGAAUCAGAACUAGUUUGUCUGAGUCUGGGAAGAAUUCCAAAUCCAAGAAGCAACGAGAAAGGGAAAGUCCCUAAAAGAUUGAAAGAGGAAGAAGAUAAAGAAGGGUUGUCCCUUGGAUUGGAGUGCAAGUUUGAGACAUCAAAAUCUGGAAGCACAAUAAGUGAACGUGUGGGAAAUGGAAGCCCUAGUAAUAGUGUUGAAGAAGUGGGAAAAGAAGAAGGUGGUGGUGGAGAAAGCAAGGGACAGAAGACAAAUAGAGAUGAAUUAAUUGGUGAACAAAACCCUGCGAAGAAAACAAGAGUUUGUGUGAGAGCAAGAUGUGACACCCCAACUUUGAACGAUGGAUGUCAAUGGAGGAAAUAUGGACAGAAGAUUUCAAAGGGAAAUCCUUGCCCUCGAGCUUAUUAUCGUUGCACAGUUGCACCAUCAUGCCCAGUGAGGAAGCAGGUGCAAAGAUGUGCUCAAGACAUGUCCAUAUUAAUCACGACCUACGAAGGAAUCCACAACCACCCUCUUCCUCUUUCAGCAACAGCCAUGGCUUCCACCACUUCCGCAGCUGCUUCCAUGCUUUUAUCUGGAUCAUCAACCUCACUCUCUGCAUCAAGACCUUCCCCAACCAUCACCACCACGGCUGCAGAUCUUCACGGAAUCAACUUUUCCCUCUCAGAUUCUCCCCAACCAAACCAAUACUACCUUUCCCAUCCUUCACUCUCAUCUUCACCUUCACACCCCACCAUCACUCUCGACCUCACUUCCAAUCCAUCAUCAUCAUCAUCAUCAUCUUCACCUCCUUUUGUCAAAUUCACUUCAAACUCAAACUACAACCCUCACAGGUACCCUCCUUCCACAAGCCUCAGCUUCACUUCCUCCCCAUCCAAUGCAACUUCUUGGACCAACGGCUUCUUCACCUACAACAGGAAUGCCAAUGCCAACAUAAACCUCGGAAGACAACAACCGGAGCAACAACCGAAUGACAACAUCUACACUUCCUUCAUGCAAAGAAACAACAAUCCGAUCCCUCCACCACAACAUUCUCUGCCAGACACCAUAGCUGCAGCAACAAAAGUAAUCACAGCAGACCCUAAUUUUCAGUCAGCUUUGGCAGCGGCACUUUCCUCGGUUAUUGGCUCGGCAAACAUUCAGGGAAACCAAGGUGCUGCAGAAAAUCUGAUUCAGAAAAUAAAAUGGGGUGAAUUGUUUCCACCAUCUUUUGCCUUACCUUCGUCUUCAAAAGUCAAUGGGUGUGCUUCAAGCUUCUUGAACAAAUCCCCAGCUAAUUCACAACCUGGAAGUUUGAUGUUUCUUCAACCACCUCUGCCACUUUCUAGCCCCAAAAGCGCUUCUGGGUCUCCCGGAGAUCACCGAGACAAGAAAAAUUAGUUAUGGGGGACGUUUGAAGAAUGAACCCUCUCCUCCUACAUGGGAAGGCCAUGUCAAAACAAGAUUCAAAAGCUUCUGUUUAAACCGUGUGUUAGUUUAUUUAAUUUUGUAGAUGUGAUUUUGUUAUGAUCUUAUUAAAAUUUUAGUAGCUAGCUUGCAAGUUGGCUUGCAAUUGUAUAAUUAAUAUGGAAAAUAAUUUAGAGAAUGUACAAAAAUAAAUAUUAUUAUUUUUCAUUUA